UUUUGAAACACUGAACCAAAUGCUAUGCUACUGUUCUGUGCUCUAAUUCUAGUCAGCUCUUCUCAAGCAGCUGAGUUUGGACAGUUUCCAUUCCCAAUCGGUUUCUUCCCCUUCGAUCUGUCAGAAAUCUUGAAUAUAACGGAUCAAUGCCUCACAGACUUCAAUAGAUUUACAACAAGCCUAAACACUUACGUGCAGACUUUCACGGUAUGCCAGCAAGCUGGAGAAUGUACAAAAGAGCAGCAAACUGUGCUUGACGAGCACAUUUUUGCCGUAAAGCAAAUUGAUGCUUUUGGCAAGAUUCCGGCAGGAUUGAUGGAGUAUACGCUAACCAAUACGGGAUCGUAUGCGGAAUGCAUGGAUCUUGUGGCGCCAUACAAAGUUCACUAUUGUUAUAUAAGCGCCACCAUGAGGGCGGGUGCCCCUCCAAUGGGAGGAAUUGGUCCAAAACUUGCUGUAUGCAUGCCAGCAAGCUGCACUGAAACGGACAUCACAAAGAUCAUGGAGAGUAUCGAUAUACAGCAAUAUGUACCCGUCAACCUUACUGCUGCUACAAAUUGCGUACCUUUGAAAAACACAUACCCCGUAAACUUUUGGGUAUUUGUCUGCGUUAUGGCUUUCUUUGCGAUUUGGGCAAUCCUUGCUACUAUCACCGAUUACAUUCUGGAUACAUAUUACAAAGAUAAAGUACAUGGUACAGGAAUGCGCGUGUUUCUUACCUAUUCGAUAUAUUCUAAUGGCUCCGAACUGAUGAGCGUAAGCCCUUAUAAGAAAGGAACUAUCAAAUCACUAGCAUCAAUUCGAUUUCUCUCAAUGACAUGGGUUGUAGCAGGUCAUGUACUUAUGGAUGCUACAGCUAGCGAUUCACUAGGGGCCUUACUGGAAAUAUUUAACCCUUUUUUAUCAACUACAAUCUUAAAUGCGUUCUUCUCCGUGGAUACGUUUUUCCUCUUAUCUGGUGUCCUGGUUUCCUACCUGUUCUUCAAAUCCAAGCCUACUGCUGCAUAUGUGUGGAAUCCCAUGGUGUGGAUUAUGUUUUACGUACAUCGCUAUGUCAGGUAUGAGAGGAUUCCCAUAUUCAAAAAAUGCUAA